AUGGAGGAAGUGUUGACGUAUUCUCUCUGGCCGUAUCCACACCCAUUGGCUACAAAUGAAGGUGACCUCGUAAAGACUGUUAAAGCUAAAUUGCUCAAAAUGAUUGAAGAUGAAAUACAAGAUGGUUCAGUUGACCUUCCUGUUGGAGACAAAGCAUAUAUUUUUGAUGCCAUGGCAAUAUUACAAACAUUGACAGUUCUCCCAGCAACAUUUGGCGAACUUGCAAUGGAUUUGCUGGCUAAGAUCGUCAACACUGCUGUUUCUUUAAAUUUCAGUCUGGUUGAUUUCGUCUGCGAUAGAUAUCCAGAAAAAGCAUCAAGAAUUUGGAGAGGGACAAGCGAGCUUUGGGUGGAACUAAUGUCAUUCGUAUAUACAGCGAGCAACAGCAAGUUCCUUGUUUAUGGCCUCUGGAGAAAACAAAGAAGAAAUUAUGAAAUUUAUCUUCCACCCCUGGAGAAAUGCAGAUUCACAGGCUCUGAAAGGCGUUGA